AUUCAAAGAUGGUCUCUCCACAUGUAUAGUUAUAGAUGACGCGAGGAAGGUCGUAGGACGCUCGCGCAUGCUCAGUGUAAAGGGAAAAAAUCACAUGACGGGACUGACGGGAAAAUGUGGAGGUUACCGGGCCUUCUAUGCAGAGCCCUAAACCGAUUCCAUGCACCAAAUUUUCCGGGGUAUGUUCAUGGGGAAGCUGAGGCUCUCAGUCCCUCAUCCUUGAUUCCACUCGGGCAAAAUGUAGAUGGUCGGAGUUAUACAAAUAACUCAUCCAGCCAGCAGACUGGACAAAAUGGGCAAGAUCAGAAGAAAAGAGAGACAUAUAAAUCAUUCAAUUGCCAACUGCCCCACUAUUCUGUGCUAGAUGUUUUUGGAUGGGGGGCUGCGGCUGUGGCCUUUCUGCAGUUGGCUAGACAUGCUUGCUUUCAGAGCUCUGCUACCAACUCUCCCAGGGAAGACAGGUGUGCCCAGCGAUCAUACCUGCAACGAAUCCUUCAAUCCCUGGCACAGGCUCAAGGUAUAUCUGUAAGAUCCCACAUUCUGCCCAAAAGAGCUCAGGCAGGUGCCUGGAAUGACAUUAGAUUGCAAGAGAAAUCUGCAAGCGAUGAAGACGAGACUUCUACUGAAAGCACAGGUUCAGCCUCUUCUUCUGGAAGUGGUUUGUUUCAUUCUAGUACCGAAGAAGAUUUACAUGUUAAAAACUCAAUUCCAUCACCAGUCAGUUUCAUCGAUGUAAGAAAUAAAACUUCUGUGCCAAAUUGUGAUGUAAAAGCCACAGCUAACAGACGCAGCCAGGAGGUGCUGGUGCCUAAAGAUGAUUUGGGGGAAUCCCUUCCAUUGGCAGCAACUAAGCUUUUGGAUAUAGUUGAGAACAGUGUUCCUGUGGUGCUUAAUAUCUCCGGUAUUAUAAGCGCAAGAGACAGAGCAGAUUACAAGACAGCGUUCCAUUUUUUCCGGCAGGCCGCAGAUGGCGGCUACAGCAAGGCACAGUAUAAUACUGGCGUAUGCUAUGAGCAAGGAAGAGGAGUUGAAAAGGACAUAAAUAAAGCUGCAGCCUAUUACCUCCUUGCUGGAAAAAAUGGACACAAGCAAGCAAAGUAUCGUUACGCACGCUGCAUCUUACAAAUGCAAUCUGAAGCUAAGUUAGAGGACAUCCAGACUGCUGUUCAGAUGCUCAAUGAAGCCGCUGGUGCAGGACUGAAAGAGGCACAAGCUUACUUAGGAGUUUUGUACUGUAAAGAGCCUUUUUUGGAUCCUCAGAAAGCUGUGAGAUACUUGUGGAUGGCUGCUGAAAAUGGGGAUAUCCAGAGUAGGUAUUACCUAGGACUGUGCUUUGAAAAAGGGUUUGGAGUUCCAGCCAACAGGCUAGAGGCACGGAGACAUUAUGAACGAGUUGCAGAAAUCGGCCAUGGAGCAGCUCAGCAGAAACUUAAUGAAUUCCAUGAGGAGCAGAAUGGUGACCUUAAUUCAUACUCCAUCAGCCUUAAGGCAGCUGCUUCAAGUCCCUGCCUUCCUGUUUUGGAAAGAGUGAACAUCCUGGCAAAAGAAAGAAGCAUUAACUCUGCCAGCAGAUCAAGCGCCUUUGGAUUGCCUCACUCCAUGAGCACUGGAAAUCUGCUGGCAUUGUCCCAGGCAGCCAGCAGCAGAUACAGCCUUGCACCAGUGCAAUCAAAUACUGCCAAGCUUAAAAUUGCCUCUCUCAAAGUGAUUGGUGUUGGAUGAAAAGUUGUAUGUAGAAUAUAUUUUAGAGCACUUAAACCAAAUAUCUCUACACAGAGGUUACGCUUUUGAUGUAAUUGACAUGUCACCACAAUCUAAGGAUUAAUUGUCUUUAUACUGGUAUACUGAGUAAGUCAUUUAUCUGUCUUUACUGAAACACUGGCUUUUGCACUUAUGACUUAUUACUGUUGGGGAAUGUUUGACUACGACAAACCUUGGUCAUGCCAUGUUUAAAGCAUCAUUGGAACAAAUAGCUGAAGUAUACAUUUUUUUAUAGGCGUAUAAACGUGAGCUACAAUAUUGCUUUUAUCGGGUGAGGCCUUCUUUAUGGACUAUGUAAUCAAUCUGCUUAUGUUUGAUUCUAUGUCUUAAUUACAAAGAAACUUGCCUCUGCUUUAUUUAAGAAAACAUAAAUAGAAGAUAGCCUGCUACAUAAAAGGUUAUAUUUUCUCUUAUAUAGUAAAAAGUAAGUAUGAGGCUUAAAGGGAAACUCCCUUCCCUACAUUUUUUAAAGUUAGCCCACUUCCCAAAAGCAUAUAUCCUACAUUUCUCCAUGCCUAGUCUGUAAAUGCAGUUAAUUUACAGGGGUGGCGACUGCCAUGUUUUUUUGCAUUGUAUCUGUUGGCUCUCUUAUUGGUAAUUUCCAACCAACAGUAGGUGCACUGGAAGCCAGGAUCACAUCAGAUUUGAAUGCUCAUGCUUUAGCUUGCCAAAGAUUGACAGGGAGCCAGCCACAGAUGUGAUUUAGCCCAACGUGGCCAAAUAUUUGAGCAUUAGCCUUCUAAAGCAUCCCAGUAGGAAUCUUGGUGACCAUCACUAAAGGAGAAGGAAAAUCACAAUCAUUUAUGGAAGUCAAAAGUUAGGCACUCCAAGCAAUUGUAAUCAACUCCCUGAUAUCAUGGGCAGAUGCUCCUAUUAGCAGAAAACUGACCCAGCUCUGGGUUCUUAGCAAGCACCAUAGAGUGAUCCUUUUCUUCCACUUCUUCUUUCUUCAAAAUUCCAGGGCAAGCACAUGCAGUGAAAAGGCUGAGUUUUGUUAAAGUUUAGCUUUUCACUCUACUGUGCAUGGGCAACCAUGCAAACCAGGAUGAGGAUCUCUCCCUGGUGCUCAUUGAGGAGAGCCCUGAUAUGGGGCACUUCUCUGCUGAUAAGAGUGCCGGCCCAGGAUUACAAUAACUGGGGGUACCUUACUUUUGGCACCACUAGUUAUUGUUGACAUUCCUUCUCCUUUUAAAUCACUUCAAAAUCCAAGUGCCUAAAGGAACAACAUUAGCAAUCUCUACAGGCUAGGGACAGACUAUAAUUAAAAGUUGCACUUUGUUUUCUAUAAAUAAUACUCCUUUUACAAAGAGUCAUUACUGUUCCUUUAAGCUUUACUAAGGGUUAUGGCACACAACAAGAUUAGUCUCCCAUGGUAAAGCAAAUUUAUUGCAGGUGACCAAUCUUGUGUGCCAUCACCCUUAAGGUGGCCAUAGACGUUACGAUUUUUCUCUCCCUAACGAACGAUUUUAGUGCGAUCCGACAAAUCCUUCACAUUUUCGUGAGGUUAGUUGUUUUAAAAGUUACAAAUGUCCUGUGUUUAUUUUGGCACCUCUCACCUAGAAAUUAAAAGACCACAAGAUAUCUCUAAUAUAAAUCCUGGACUAAACUCACCAAUCAUGGACAUAAGGUGAGAAGCAAUGUGGCUGAUGAUAUGUGAUGUACUUAUUCACAGCUAUUGCUUUUGUGUUUUGUAUUUGUUUUUGCGUUUAAAAUAAGCCAAAAUGGAAUGCACAAAAUAAUUGAAAGUCUGUUUACUGUGGAAAAAUUGCCAAAGAAAAGGAAAAAUAAAAAUGUUACUUAAAGGA